GCGACGGGACUUGGGAAAACUGGAACCCACCGAACGAACCACUCAGUCUACGCGCAGACAACGCCCCGAACGGAACGAAUUCGAACGGAACUCCGCACGCUCCGUUCGCUGGAAUCGAGAUGUGGUAGUGUGAUAAGAUAAGAGCAGGUGGUGAAUAAGACUAGUUGGAAUUUUCAGGUGAAAAUUUCGAAAUUUAGUUAUUGGAAAAAUCAGUGUGAAAAGUGAAAAUGCGGUGGAAGGUGCUAUUGCUACUGCUCUGUGCAGUAGCGUUACUGGAAAGGACAAUCACAGUGCAGGCAGCAGCAGAGGGGGAAGAUGACGUCACCGAAGAAACUGGUGAAACCGAAGACGUCGCUGCCAGUGGGACCGAUGACGUAGAAAAGGAAACGGAACCCGUGUCGAAUCAGGACGACGAAGAACCGGACGACGAUAGUGAGAACGAGGAUACGCGAGUGGAUGAGGAUGCCGUCGAAGUGGAUCCUCAGGCCUCCGGGAAGCCCGAGGGCAAGAAGGGCCGCUACCAAAACUAUGACUAUUUCAUCUCCAAUUUGGAUACGUACGACGAAAACUACAACUGGGAAGAUCUCAACAACCCGGUUCAACCGAAGGAUCCACCCAACUUCCAGAAAGAUGGCUCAGCCUACACCAUCACCCCGGCACGAUUGGCCCAGAUCCGUCGUAACUUCCUGUACCCAUUCUACAGCCAGGGUGGCCCGGAGGACAUCGGCGACUACCAGCGGGACAUCCACGCCUCGAUGCCCCAGGUGCACAAGAACUUCAACUUCCAGCUGCCGUUCUUCGGCUUUCGCUUCAACUACACCCGCGUAUCGAUGAACGGAUUCCUGGAGUUCUCCGACCCGCCCGAGCACUACACCUAUCCGCUGUCCUUCCCGAUCAAGGAUUGGCCCCGGCGAAACGAUCCGUCGUUCAUUGGAAUCUUCUUCUCCAGGUGCCGGAUCGGUCGGAUCUACGAUACGGACGUCGAUCAGCGAUCGCCCGGAGUGUACUUCCGAAUGGAGCGUGAUCUGGAAACGAGAACCGACCGACCCGGCGUGGAAAUGCGUGAACGCGUCAUGUGGGACAUCCGCGAGGGAGUGGUUGGAUCGGAUACGUUCGUGCCGAAGCACGCCAUCAUCACGACGUGGAAAAACAUGAGUUUUGCCGGCGGCAUCGAUAACUCACUAUUUAAGACGAACACCUUCCAGAUGAUCCUGGCAACUGAUGAAGUCUACACGUAUGCCAUUUUCAACUAUGCCAUCAUCAAUUGGUCGUCGCAUACGGAAGCCGGUGGUGACACUACCGGAGGAGAAGGAGGUGUCCCCGCUUAUAUCGGUUUCAACGCAGGAAACGGAACACAGGCCUACGAGUACAAACCGUACAGUCAGGCCUCGGUACUGCGAGACUUGACGGGACGUGGUUGGGCGAACGGAUUCCCCGGACGGCACAUCUUCCGAAUCGACGAACGGAUCAUGCUUGGAACGUGCAACAAAGAUAUCGACGCGGCGCAUCUACCGUUGGUGUUCGCUCCGGAGUCCGGAAAUAUGCUGGGUGGAACGGUCGUCAACAUCACCGGACCGUGCUUCCUGUCGAACGCCACCCGCAUAGCAUGUCGGUUCGAUACGGAGGAGGUUAUCGGAACGGUCGUCGAUACGAAUCGUGCCAUCUGCGUGCAGCCGUUCCUGAAGGCGCAAGGCUACAUUCGGUUCGAAAUCUCCAUCGGUACGGAGCGAUUCAAGUGGAGAGGACGCUACUUCGUGGAAACUCCGGCUACGGCUACGGAUCGGAUCUUCUUCGAGUCGGACGACGUUCACCGUAGGAAUCCGUCGGAGAUUCGAAUCACCUGGAAUCGGUACAAUUUGACGACGAACUUGAAUGCGAACGUUCAGAUCUCGCUGUGGGGCUACCGGGAAGCAACAAUUCGCCCGGAACUGGAAUACAUCGACAUGAUCGAACCUCAGCUAACCAAUACGGGAGUGUACACGAUUGCUCCGGCCAACUUCCGGCUGAGAGACAACCCACGCAAUGUGGAUAUGCAAUUCGGGUUCAUCCAAAUCAACCUUACAAAUCCACAGCAGUUCAACGGACUAAGCGUUUCUCCAAUUUUAUGGUCCAAACCGAUUCCCUUGGGUUGGUACUUUGGUCCACAAUGGGAACGAAUCCACGGACGAAACUGGCCACGAGCCUUGUGCGACAACUGGCUCUUGACGGACCGUUUUCUCAGAAAUUUCGCCCACGAACUUCCGCUGUGUCCGUGCGUGCUGGAACACGCCAUAUACGACAAGGGACGUUUCCUGCCGGAUCCGGACUGCGAUCGGGACACCAAUCCAACUUGUCUGCACCACCGAGGAGCCAUCCAUUGUGUACGAUCCGGUCAACCAUCGUCUCAGGGUUCCGAACAGCAGUGCUGCUAUGACCGCAACGGAUACCUAAUGCUAUCGUACGAUCAAAUGUGGGGAUCGAGGCCACGCAGAAAUCACAACAUCGGUCAGAUGCCCUGGAACGAAGCUAACAAGGUUCCGACUCUGUCCACCUGGUUCCACGAUGUUCGUCCGUACUAUUCGUGCUGCAUGUGGCAGGAUGAACAAGCUGUUGGCUGUGAAACGUUCCGUUUCGAACGACGGCCUUCUCAGGACUGCAUUGCCUACCAAUCGCCGGCAGUUGGCGCAGUCUUCGGAGAUCCGCAUAUUGUCACCUUCGAUGGACUGCAGUACACGUUCAACGGAAUGGGUGAAUUCGUGCUGCUGCGAGGUAACAAUGGAGAGGAACGCAUCGACGUUCAGGGCCGAUUUGAGCAGGUAGCUCGUAACAUCCACGGACAGGUUAUGGCAACUCAGCUGACGUCGAUUGCUGCACGUGGUAACACUUCGACGGUCAUCGAAGUGCGUCUACGUCCCCGGGAUGCCCAGUGGCGCUACCGGUUGGAUGUGUUUGCCGACGAACGGAGGAUCUUUUUCGAUCGACAGAGUUUGAAGUUCCAGCACUUCCACGGAGUUACGGUCUAUACGCCGACGUACAUCCUGAAUCAAUCGGAAGUGGUCAUCAUGUUCUCGUCCGGAGUUGGGGUGGAAGUCGUCGAGAACAAUGGCUUCAUGACGGCGCGGGUCUACACGCCGUGGAGUUUUAUAAAUAAAACGAGAGGUCUGUUCGGCAAUUGGAGUUGGGACAUGCAGGAUGAUUUGAUACGACCUGAUGGCGUUGUUAUAGCACCUAAUCUGAACCACUUCGGAGACAUUCACAACAAUUUUGCAAUGCAUUGGAUGUUGUCGGACCGAGAGAUAGAGGGUAUAGGCAGAGCGCUGUUUACCAGAGAGUUUGGUAGGACGUCCAGUUACUAUUCGAAUACAUUGUUCACGCCGGAGUUCCGUCCGGAACCGGGUCAAUUCUUACCGCCCAAUCGAACGCACGAUGUAGAACGAGCGAAGGAGUUGUGCGGUGAAAGUUACCAAUGUCGGUACGAUUUCGGAAUGACGCUGAACCGGGAGAUGGCGCACUUUACCAAAAACUACCAUGCCAGUGCGAUCAACAUACAGAGUAUGAAUAAUGAGCGGACCAUAUCCUGUGGUAUUCUGGAAACUCCCCGCUUCGGGCGGAAGUCCAGCUUCAUGUUCACCCCAGGGGCUCGCGUUUCCUUUGAGUGUAACGAAGGAUUUGUUCUGAUCGGGGACUCCAGGCGGAUUUGUCGUGAUAAUGGUCUAUGGGACGUACCGGAGUAUGGAUUCACCGAAUGUCUACGCGCUGUGUUCUAUAGCCGUCGAACCGCUUGGAUUACCAUUGGCAUUGUCCUCGCUGUAAUGUUGCCCCUAAUCAUGUGUAUCGUUUGCGGCGUCUAUUGCUUCCGGAAGCGCAAGCUAAAGGAUGACCCGGACUGGCGUAUGCCAAUUCCGUCUCGUUCCGGUUCGCGAACCACGCUUCGCAAUCUGGCUAGCGACGGAAGCGAAUACGAUGACCAUACGAUCAAGAAGGUGCGCCGGUACGACGCAACGUACGACACUCAUGAACCACUGGCUGGCAAACCGGACAUUCAGUUCGAGCCGAAAAAGAUGGACCUGGAUGAAGAAGACAUUACAUCCUCGGAAGGAGGUGAAUAUAGAGAUAAAGUUGUCAAUGAUUUCCAAUAUAAGAACAUGGCUGAUCAUAAACAACUAGGUCGUCGCCGGCUGACUUCGGGACCGGAGGACGACGUUGGUGCCGGACCAUCCAUGUUCAGCGGAGACACCUACCCACCACCACCGAUCGAAUCGCCAACGCAAGCCUACGGAGCAUACAGCCCUACCUUCAGCGGCAUCGAUCGCAACAGCAGCUUCGCCACCGAAGAAAACUCGCCGGUCAACCAGAGAAGACCGGAAGGCUACCAACAGCAGCCUCCUUCCACCACCGGAACGUUCUUCAGUGGUGGUGCCGAACAGCCCAAUCAACCGCUCAACCAAAAUGUCGGUCUGCCCCAAAGAAUGGACAGCCGGUCAACCGAGGUCUAGAACCUCAAACCUCAAACUCUUCCCACCCCUUAAAACAAAAAACCCAACCAUCCGACAAAGUCAGGUAUUUUAACGCGACAUCACGAUUGAAGUCAUCGUUUAUUUUUACAAAAUCCUACUUCUUUGCCAUAAGGCCCGCACAAACUAGAUAACAGUCAGUCAGCCUUUUUUUUUUUUCUUUAGCGAUAAGUCCACCAAUAAGUGUGUGUAUUUAAUGAUAAGCAACAAUGGUGAAAUCAAUAAAGAAGAUAGUUCAAUGUAA